AUGUAAUGCAAUCUGUACCACUGUUGUGUGCUUUGUCCCUGCUUCUGGAGGUUCCUAGAUCAUCUGAUGUAAUUGUCUCCAGGGACUGCUUCUGAAAAGUGAUCUUCAUUUUGUAUCUGCUGGGAAAGACCUGAACUACAACUGUUUUUCUUAGCAAACAUGUCUGCUGUGUCACCUGUGCCUUUGAAUGUCAUUCCAUCCUUGAAGAAGUGUGUUUGUCAGCUGUGCUCCUGCGGGUGUCACCAUUGUCCACACCUGCCCGUCAGGCCCUAUGAUCAGAGUGAGAAGCCAUGUAUGCUGUCAGAGUACACAGAGAAAUACCCCCUUUAUCCUACCACUCGUCCCAGAAGCUCAUUUAAGCCAGAGCAAGUGUACAAGAUGGCGGAAAUACCAAUGGAAGGCAUCUCGACUACAAAGAGAACUUACAGAGCUCAUGAAGUGUUGCCACUAAAACUCAAACCCCCUGACAAGUAUGUCAAGAGUGAUGAGAGUAUGGAUUUGACCUCCACUUAUAAACAAGAUUAUAAUGCCUACCCUAUCUCUCAAGUACUUCCAUGCAUCCCCUGUGUGAGAAGCCACAUCCCCAAUGUCAAGAUGGAUACAGGAACCACUUACAAAGGCGACUACGUGCAAUGGAAUGAACCAAAGACAGAUAUGAUCAGACCAGAUGACAGGUUUCGACCAUCAGAAGAAAAAUUUGACCACAGAACCAUUGUCCAGGAUGACUACUUAUACAGGGGACCGGUUGCCACUCAAAGCUGCAAACCUCUAAAUCCAGCCCAGAAAAACAAGACUCCCUUUGAGAAUAGAACCAAUUAUAGAGUGAAUUACGUGCCACAUCCUUUGGAGAAACCUUAUGUCCAUAAAUAUGAGAAAUACAAGGCCAGUGAUGUCCCAUUUGAUGGCCUCACUACCCACAAAUUCUCUUACAAGGGUGUCGCGGGUCAGCCAGCCAAGCUUAUAAAGCCAUGUCCACCAAAAAAUGUCCCUCUUCCAUUUUCCUCUACAACUGAGUUUCAGGAAAAAUACCAAGUUUGGCCACUGCUUCCCGUAUUCAGCAAAAAACCUGGUGUGUAUCUUCCCCCUGUGGAGAAAAUGGACCUUCACACCACUACUCAGUUACAUUACAAGAACCCAAAUGGCAAACCAGCCAAGAUGUGUCGAACUGUGGUUCAGCGUGAAAAAAGUAAGCCGUUUGAUAGCUCUUCUACAAUGAAAGAAGACUAUAAGCCUUGGCAGUUCAAGAGAGUAGAACCUAUUAUUCAUGCUCCAGAACUGACUUUCCCAGCAAAACCGAUGGAUUGCUUGACUACCUUUCAGGCCCAUUAUGUGCCUCAUCCACUCACCGUUACGAAGAGCUAUAAACCUGGCUGGUCAGGCCCAAAGGAUCACGUUCUUCUAGAUGCUAAAACGACCUACACUACCAGCUACACACCAAAGGGUGUUGUUAAAUGCUUGGCCUCUUACAAAAUCCCACCUGGUUAUGUCUUUGAGGAAACUGAUGCUGAUGGUCACAGUCUCUAUAUCCCUGCUUCUAAGAGUGACUGCCUGCAAGAUGGACACUGAAGGAAAAAGCGAGCGAAAGCAUUCUCCUUGGAAACAGAUUCAAAGAGCAGGGCCUCAGUGAGCUACAGAUGACAAGUUGAUUGUUUUGUAACCUUCUUUCAAACCAAACACUAAUUUUAUAUUUACAGAACUCUUAAAAUAAACUUAUU